UAUUCGUUGAAUGUUGAGCUAUUAGUAUAGGUCGUAGAGAUUAGCGAGUAUUUUAUGGAAGGAUCGUUGAACUUCUAUAUAAAAGUGAGCUAUUAAUUUCUAAAAAGUAUAAAGUUUUAUUUUUCCAUAAAUAAUUUUAGAGAAGUGGAAUCUCACCGAAGCUACAGAUUGACUGAACAGAAAUUCUAAGUAUGAAUUCACUAAAUAAAACCAAUUCUGCUGCAAGAGAUUCGUGAUAAGGUAAUCUAAAAGAUGGAGUGUAGUAGAUUGAAUAUGAGGGCUCGUUGCUCUGGUUCAACACCAUCAGAGGAAUCAGCUUUAGAUGCUGAAAGAAACUGUUGCAGUCAUCCUAAUCUACCUUCAUUAAGUCCCCGAACUCUUCAACCUUUUGUUUCUGCUGGACAACAUUGUGAGAGCAGUGCUGCUUACUUCUCAUGGCCUAGUUGGCGGUUAAAUGAUGCUGUUGAGGAAAGGGCAAACUAUUUUUCAAAUCUACAAAAAGGGGUUCUACCUGAAACUCUUAAUCGAUUACCGAGAGGGCAGCGGGCAACCACAUUACUUGAGCUCAUGACUAUUAGGGCAUUCCAUAGCAAGAUUCUGCGUUGUUAUAGUCUUGGCACAGCUAUUGGGUUUCGUAUUCAACGAGGUGUGUUGACAGACAUACCAGCCAUUCUUGUUUUUGUUUCUAGGAAAGUUCAUAAGCAAUGGCUCAGCCCCAUCCAAUGUUUACCCAAUGCCCUUGAGGGACCUGGAGGUGUAUGGUGUGAUGUUGAUGUGGUUGAGUUCUCAUAUUUCGGUGCUCCUGAACCAACUCCCAAGGAACAAUUGUACACUGAGAUUGUGGAUGAUUUACGUGGGGGUGAUUUAUGCAUUGGUUCAGGUUUUCAGGUGGCAAGCCAGGAGACAUAUGGGACCUUGGGUGCUAUUGUGAAGAGUCAGACUGGCACCCGACAAGUUGGUUUUCUAACAAAUAGGCAUGUUGCAGUUGACUUGGACUACCCAAAUCAAAAGAUGUUUCAUCCUUUGCCCCCGACACUCGGACCUGGGGUAUAUCUUGGUGCAGUAGAGAGGGCUACUUCAUUUAUCACAGACGACCUUUGGUAUGGCAUCUUUGCUGGAAUGAACCCUGAGACAUUUGUGCGAGCAGAUGGGGCAUUCAUCCCAUUUGCUGAUGACUUUGAUAUGUCGACUGUUACCACAUCUGUGAAAGGUGUAGGACAAAUUGGUGAUGUCAAGAUUAUAGAUUUGCAGUGUCCAAUCGGUAGCCUUAUUGGGAAGCAGGUGAUGAAGGUUGGAAGAAGUUCUGGCUUGACCACAGGAACUAUAUUGGCAUACGGUCUCGAGUACAACGAUGAGAAAGGCAUAUGCUUCUUAACUGAUUUUCUUGUUGUAGGUGAGAACCAGCAAACUUUUGACCUCGAAGGAGACAGUGGAAGCUUGAUCAUAAUGAAGGGUGAGAAUGGUGAGAAGCCAAGGCCAAUUGGGAUUAUAUGGGGUGGUACUGCCAAUCGUGGUCGACUUAAGCUGAAAGUUGGCCAGCCUCCCGAAAAUUGGACUAGUGGAGUUGAUCUUGGACGCCUUCUGAAUCUUCUUGAACUUGGUCUCAUCACUACUGAUGAAGGGCUUAAAGUGGCAAUACAAGAACAAAGGAUUGCAUCAUCAACAACAAUUGGCUCAACUAUAGGAGACUCCUCACCUUUAGAUGGAAUGCUUCCAUCAGACAAAGUUGAAGAGUCGCUUGGUCUUCAGAUUGAGCAUAUCCCUUUGGAAGUUGAACUUGGAAACUCUGAAAUAAACCCAAGAUUAGUGGAAACUAACUUUCAUUUAGAGGAUGGGAUCAUGGUGGCUCCAAGCGUUGAACAUCAAUUUAUCCCAAGCUUCACAAGACAGUCUCCUCUACAUAAGAGCAACUUAUCGGAUAAGGUGGUCUUGGAAAAUCUUGCCUCUCUUAGGAAUGGGUGUAAUGAAGAUGUGUGUGUUUCAUUGCACUUGGGUGACAAUGAAGCGAAAAAAAGGAGUUCUAAUGCUUCAACUAGUAUCGAAGAACCAAAAUGAAUGGAGAAGUGCCUUGAGCUUAUAUAUUUAUGCUGAUUCAAGGAAAAUUUAUUAUAUUUGUGUUGUACUAGGUAGUUUUAGUUGAAACAAGUGUGAUAUACUUGUACUUUCCAAUCUUUCCUUUAUAUGGUGAAUUACAGUGAACUUUUCUUAACCAGUGAA